CAGUCUCUCGAUUGUACGGGUGAGCAGAGCCUGCACGUGAACGAUUCCCGCUUGAAUAAAUACCGGUAAAAUCAGUUAUACCUUCCUUUCAUCUAUCUCUUUUCCAAGCUUCCUUUUUCUUUUUGAAGCAAAACUACAAAACUCUCUCUUCCUUAAGGGAAAGCUGAAAACUCUCUCUCUCUCUCUCUCUCUCUCUCUCUCUCCAGUCAUGGAAGCGCAUUUUAGCCCCAUCACACGCGCUCCCGUUAACAUACGCUCACAUCUCCCUCCACCCCACAGAAAUCGCCUCUUCUUCCCCAAACCCCCGAACCAAAGCAGACAGACUCAUUUCCGCAGUAGAAGAAGCCCCAACAGCCCAAAUGAGAUCAGAGUUUCCAAUGGUGAUUCGUAUCUUGACAUGUGGAAGAACGCCGUGGACCGUGAAAGGAAGACACAGGAGUUUCAGGAGAUUUCCGACAACUAUCCCUCUGCCGCUGCCGCCGGGAGAGUAGAAGAUGAUGAUAGUCCUGAUGCUCUGGAUCGCAGGACAGAGCAGUUCAAGAAGAUUCUGGAAGUCCCCAAGGACGAGAGGGACCGGGCCCAACGAAUGCAGGUCAUCGAUCGGGCUGCAGCCGCUAUUGCAGCCGCUCGAUCUCUUCUUGAGGAGAAUCCUCCUCUGGAAAAAGCUGCCACGGAGAUCGAUUUGGGUUCUUCCGGGCCCGAGGUUCCAAAGAUCAAGGGUAAUGCCGGAAUUAUUCAAGAAGGCACAAGAGAUGGUAACUCCAUGCUUCAAUCUGGAAUUUCAGGACAUGGAACUCCUGGUCCAGAUUUUUGGUCAUGGUCACCUCCUCUGGACAGCAGUGGAAAUUCAGAGGAAAUCAACACCUCACAGGCUGCACAGAGGCCAAGUUCAUAUCCAAAUCCUGUCAGCUCACUGAUGGAAAAAGAACGCUCUCCAGAUUUUCUCCCUCUUCCUUUUGAAAGCAACCACAACCCUCCUCUUCCACCUCUGCAAUCACUCAUAGAGGUUGAGAAAGUUGAUGCCUCUUCUUCGUUAGAUCUGCCUUCUUCAGCAGAAGAGCGUAAGCUGGAUGUGCUAUUUUCUACACAUGCAGCAGCAGCAGUUGAUGCACUUCAAAAGGGCAGUGAAACAUCAUCACAUGGAGUGAAUGAGGAUGGUUCAAAGUGGUGGAAAGAGACAGGUAUUGAAUAUAGACCUGAUGGGGUGGUUUGCAAAUGGACAUUGACUAGAGGAGUUAGUGCUGAUGGAGGAAUUGAGUGGGAGGAUAAGUAUUGGGAGGCUGCCGAUCAGUUUGACUACAAAGAGCUUGGUUCUGAGAAAUCUGGACGGGAUGCAGCAGGAAAUGUCUGGCGUGAAUAUUGGAAAGAAGUCAUGUGGCAGGAUCUCAGGAGUGGGCUUUUGCAUAUUGAGAAAACUGCAGACAAGUGGGGGAAGACCGGAAUGGAUGAACAAUGGCAAGAGAAGUGGUGGGAACAUUAUGACGCCUCUGGCCAAGCUGAGAAGUGGGCCCACAAAUGGUGCCGCAUUGAUCCCUACACACCCCUGGAGGCUGGCCAUGCUCAUGUUUGGCACGAGAGGUGGGGGGAGAAGUAUGACGGGCAAGGUAGCAGUAUGAAAUAUACAGACAAAUGGGCUGAACGCUUGGAGGGUGACGCAUGGACAAAAUGGGGUGACAAAUGGGAUGAAGAUUUUGACAUUAAUGGGCAUGGGAUCAAGCAGGGUGAAACAUGGUGGGAAGGCAAGUAUGGGGAGCGAUGGAACCGCACAUGGGGUGAGCGCCACAAUGGCUCUGGGUGGCUGCACAAGUAUGGGAAGAGUAGCAGUGGUGAGCAUUGGGACACAUACGUGAAGCAAGACACUUGGUAUGAGAGAUACCCACAUUAUGGGUUUGAGCUCUGCUUCAAAAACUCAGUGCAACUGAGAGAGGUACAAAAGCCAAUCGAAUUCUCAUGAAGCAUCUACUGUUUUUAUCUUGUUUCCUCCUUUUGAAUGAUGUUUUCAAUCCAAUUUGUUUUAUCACAUUUAUGUCAUGGCUUAAUUUCGAUAGCAUGGUACGGAUUUUAUACAUACCUUUAUGUUUUCUUAAUGUGUGCAUUGGACCCAUGUGGACACAUUUUGGUGCCCCAUUAUCAGUAAUGUUUGAUGCAAUGGUUUCUUUA